UUUCAGUCACACUUCAUACGUGUACGGAUACCGUACCCGUUGUCAUGUGAGACAGUGAGUCAUAUAUCAAUAUGUCAAAAACUUCGAUCACCAACCCGGAGACGAGUCUACAAGAUGUGAGGGUUCAUGUCAUAGGACAAUCGCAAGACUCUACACGUUACGAGAAAAAGGGAACCCCCAAAGUGUCAAGGGGCAGUGACUUUGUUUAUGUGAAUUCUGCUUACGUGGGCAGUGUCAGUAGUAUUAAUGAUGUACGUGGUGCCGAACCGCCUACCAGUGUGAUCCGGGAGCAAUACUGGACUUGUUCAAAAUGGACAUUCGCGCAGAGGGUAAUGGCGAUCGCAGUUGCCGUCCUGACGGGCGCUGUCAUCGGGCUUGCAUUGACAGUUGCGCUGAAGAAAGGUGAAACCGACAACAUUCCCGGAUUAUUCAGUACUAAUCUAGCACUCGAUUGAGGACUUAAUCUACCUUAAAAUAGAAUCAUACCGGAGCACGAUCAACCGCUGUUAAAAAAAGAUUAUGUUCAUAAAAACCUUUUUUAUUAGCUUUACAAUUCGGCUAACGACAGCUCCAACCAAUAGCUGCAGUUCAAUGUGAAUGGUGAGAAUUGUGCUUUUUUUUUGCGUUUGUCAGAUAUGGAAAAUGCAGUAAAAUGGAGCCACACCUAUCUGUCAUUCGCAAUGGUCUGUCAGUCGGACAUUGCGUCUGACACGCAGCCUAAUUUUAGUCCACGUUCCCUUCCCACCCUUUUCUUAAAAGGAAAGGAUGGGAAGGUGG